AUGGGAUUAUCCGAGGGAAACGAUGGGCCGUGUGGAGCCGUCACGGGGCCUUGGCACAACCAAGGGUGUGACAAUGCCCUCCCCUUUAAAGGCAUAGUCCCGAUGCCUCAAGAUUACCGGAUUGGGAAUUAUCUUUGUUGUGUAGCAACGGUUGCCAACCGCUUUGGCAGCGCGCGCGCUGCGCGGCAUAAAGGAAUGGAUCUUCGUCUUUGUUCCUGUCCUGUGUAUGGAAUUUCUUGCAAAAGUAGUGCAUGGGAACGUCGUCCUUGGAAGACAGUGCCAAAGCAGUACAGGGCCAAAGUUGUGGAUCUCCAGGCGUUGGCGGAUUCCGUCCGUUCUGGGGAGGUUCCCAAGGCCCGUCUGGAGAAGGAGGCGAAAGCGUGGGUCUCCGAGGUGGAAAAACACUUCAGAAUGGCCGGCCCUAAGAAGAAGGGGUCGGCCGGCGCCGCCGUUGGAAGCGCCACGGAGACAAAUCGUUUGUUGGAGAGGAUCUCGCUCCAAUUGGAGCAGGUGACUGAGGUGCUUUGCAAAUUGGCAAAGGUGCCGGUGCCAGGGACUCCGUCGGUGGAGGAGGAGUUCGGUGGGGGUGAGGUGGUGGAAGAAUGA